AUGGCACCUGCAGAAAGCAAGAUCAUUGGCGUAAUGGGCGGCUCAUUCAAUCCAAUCCACCUGGGGCACGCUUUGCUCGCCAUCACGGUCCGUGAGACAAAGCCUGUGGAUGAAGUGCUAUUAGUUCCAGUAUUCAAGCACCCGGUCAAGAAGGACCUUCUUCCCUUUGAAGAUCGUGUGGCCAUGUGCAAGCUCGCGGUGUCGGCCAGCCACAUAGGUGUCAGCUCCGUUGAAGAGGAGACUGGUGAAUCCAAUGCUGUCAUGUUGCGAGCUUUGCGGAAAAAGUAUCCAAAAGGUAGCCGCUUGCUGUGGGUUUGCGGAGAUGAUGUGUUUGAUUGGAUCUCCAAUGAGAAAGGCCAAGCUAUGCUGGCAGAGUUAGACGGCCUCAUCGUUCAGAGGAGGCUGCACAAGGCGUCGGAUAGCCAGACAGACCGUUUCUACAAAGCUCCGGUGGACAGUGACAAAGUCACAGCUCUAGUGGCAGAGUACAAGGUGCAUGUAGAUUUUAUUUAUGGAGAGUUGCCGCACUACUCUUCCACUUUGGUGCGGAAUUCGCCAGCAAGCUGGCGUGCGUUUUUACCUCAGAAGGUUGCAGCCUAUCUUGACGAACACCCAGCCCUGUUGGCACAGCUUGUGCGCACUGGCGAUGCUCCUGCUACUCGUUUGUCACCCCCAGCAUCGCCUUUGGAUGUCAAAAAGUUGGACCUGCUGGACUAUCAGCUGGACAAUCAGGAGCCCGUGGAGGAUGAGAAAGAUGAAAUUGAAGCGAUGGAGCGCCGAAAAAAAAUGGCAGCAGACAUUGUGCUGAAGACCAGCUCUCUUGAAUUGGAGGUCUUGGAGGAGACCAGCACCUCCACCGUGACCACGAAGACUGAUGAGGAAAUGCCGCGCAUCCUUGGGCGCCUGACACCUAGGAUAUUGGCUGAAGAAGCAAACGAGUUCUUGGCGGAGCCAGAGACAUGUUCCCGCCGCAGUAGGAGCCAGAAGUCUCGGACACCGCGCAUGCCUUCCAAGCAGCGACUGCGUGAGGCAUCUACCUCCUGCGUUAUGCGUUGCUUAGCAACAGUGCAUGCCUUGCAAAGGGAGCGGGGACACACAGCCCUAGCCCUUGCGUUGAAGGAUAUGCCCAAAGGUGAAAUUGCUGCCAAAUGCAUGCGGGAGUCUCGUGCAGCCGUAGAUCUGUUGCUGACCGGCGACCCAGAAGCUGAGAGGCCAUUACGCCUAGCGGGUCUCGAAGCAGGUGCCUGCGGCGCGGUUGCAGAGGAGCUCAGACGCACUCCCACGUGGCUUAGCUAUGAUCGUGCUUUGCUUGACCGUCAUUUUGAAGAAGAGGCAAGUGGCGAUGGCACUGAAGACCCCAAGUGCUGGAUGCGUCGAAGUUCUCUUUUGGACAAAUUCAAUGUCCGAGUCGACGUUCUGAUUGAUGCAUGCACAAACGCACUCAGUGAGCUUUUGGCGGCUGGAACCGCAGAUGGAUGCCUGCAGGUUUGGACCCGAAACGACGGCUACGAUGGAUUCGCCAAGGGUCAGAUAUGCCAUGAUGAUGAUGAGAGCACAGGAGAGUGGCUACUAUCGCUCUUCAUGCACUAUGCGCAUUGCAAGGAAGCCUUGGGCCGACUACGAAGCUUUGUGUCUGCUGGUGGCCAGCAUGCCCCUGAGCUUGUGAGGAACUCUUUCCGCGCACGAAGGCGUUUGAAUGAAGUGAUCGAGCACAAGGACCGAAUGCUUCGCAGAGUUCUCUCCACUGAACAGGCCGGGCCAAAUAGCGCUGAACACCCUGGGGCCCAUACGGCUGCAGCGCUUCACAAAAUGCUGGGUUCCGUGACGCUACUAGAGCAUGCGUGCACUCAUGGGAUGCUUUGCACGGAGCACACCUUUGGAGGUCAUGCACGAGGCAAGGAAGUUGUCCAGGAUGUUUUUGCCAACGGACUCGUUACCGUCGCACAAAUCCACAUCCGGUAG